AUGCCUCUGGCAACUGCCAGGCACAGAGCUAAUCUCUCCACUGUUAUCCCCUACCCUUAUGUUUCUCUGCAGUAUCGUUUGCAAUUGCUUUCAGCUUUGAAGGACUCAACACCUCACCACUAUAGGUACAUCCGAAUUUGUUCCUUUAACUAUCCCCUUGAAGAAGAUAUCAAGAACCAGAGUGAGUCAGGAAGAUACUCACUGAGAAAUUGUAAUGAAUGUAAUGGGGAUAGGAUAAAUGCCCACCAGGGAGAAGAGCACAUCACUAUUGAGCAAGACCUUCCCAAACAGAAAGGAAGCAUAGAAGAAAAUGAGCGAACACACCUGAAAGGGUACCUAGAGAAGAAGUAUGAUGAGGCCUACGACUUCUUUAGGAAGCAUAAAGCUGUGACCCAAUACAUCUUCUAUGGCAUUUUAUUAGCAGGCUUCUUGAUUCUAGUGACUGCAGCUUGCGUGGUGAACUUCCAUAGAGCCCUUCCACUUUUUGUCUUCACUGUUGCCGCCAUAUUCUUUGUUCUUUGGGACUACUUGAUAGCCAAAUAUGAAAGUCAGAUUGCUGUGUUCUGGUCUCCUGGUGGCAGAUUCCUAAGCAAGCAUUGGUUCUGGUUGAAGUGGCUGAUGUGGAUCUUGCUGGUUGUAGGAAUCAUUUGCUGGCUAAUUUUUGAUACAGCCAAACAGGGAACCCAGUCUCUGGUGUCCUUUGGUGGGCUUGUGUUCUAUGUUCUCCUGAUGCUAAUAUUUUCUAAGUACCCAACUAGGGUGUUCUGGAGAUCUGUCUUUUGGGGAAUUGGAUUACAAUUUCUUCUUGGUCUUCUCAUUCUAAGAACUACAGCUGGAUUUGAGGCAUUCAAUUGGUUGGGGAAUCAAGUACAGAUUUUCUUGGAGAGUUCGGACACAGGAGCCAUAUUUGUCUUUGGUGACAAUUACAUAGAACAUUUCUUCGCUUUUAAGGUGAACAUGAUUGCCUUCCUGGCUCUCCUGGCUUUUACAGAUUUGGCCCUUUCCUGGCUAGGGAACAUGUUUGACUACCCUCGGCUGAAUUUUGAGGUGAUCUGCUCCUAUGUCUUCAUGCCUCUUUCUUUUAUGAUGGGGGUUGACUGGGAAGACAGCUUUCUUGUUGGCACACUGAUAGGAUACAAGACUUUCAUCAAUGAAUUCAUAGCCUUCCAGCAACUUGCAAAACUGAUCAAGUUGCGAAAACUAGCUGGACCCAAAUUUGUAGAUGGUGUGCAACAAUACAUGUCUGUUCGCUCUGAAACCAUUGCUACCUAUGCCCUUUGUGGCUUUUCCAGUUUUGGUUCUCUGGGAGUAAUGAUCGCAGGACUGACAUCUAUGGCUCCUUCCAGGAAACAAGACAUCGCCGCAGGGGCUUUCAGGGCUCUGAUUGCUGGUACUGUAGCCAGCUUCAUGACAGCCUGUGUUGCUGGCAUACUCUCCAGCCCUACCGUGGAGAUAGAUUGCUAUAGUCUUUUAGAAAAUGCCUUCAACUCAAUUUCACCUAGCAACACAACUGAGUUAGUUACCUGUUGCCAAAACCUAUUUACCAGCGCUGUCUCCAACAUCACCAGUGAUAUUUUACCAGCAAGCUUAUCCACCUUUACUGGCUGCUGUCUGCUGCUGAAUCAAAGUACACCUAACUGUGACUGGGUCACUACCUCAUUCUGA